GUGUGGCCCCGGGAGGGCGGGGCGCUUUCUUCCGGCGCCUGCUCCUCCCUCUCAUCCCCCGCCCCGCGCGAGCGCAGCGGCCGCGCAGCCGGGGACGCGGACGGGGACGCGCAGUCUGCACCGCGCCGCUCGGGCCUCGGACAUGCACGGCUUUCCUCCACCAGGCCCUUCCACUGUGCUGCUUUGCCUUGGAGCUGGCCACCCACCAACUGACCCACUGGACCUGUGAACCAAAGUAGACCCAUCCUAUCCUCUCAGACUGCAUUGUUCCAGCAGCAAAGCAAAAAUUGCCAGUGGUCCUGUGGCCUGGACCUGCGGCUCUCCUGAACUGAAGCCCAGAGGACUCCCCACAGGCUGCUGCCAUGUCUGUCUCCAAUCUGCCGUGGCUGAAGAAGAAGUCGCAGUCGGUGGACAUGACGGCGCCGGGGUUCGGGCCCUUGGCCGGGGCAGGGAAGGCAGCACCCCAGACUGGCAAGGCCACGGCGCCCAAGACCCCCACGAUCGAGGAGGAGCAGCACAACGUGGCCAACGCCCGGCAGCAGCCACCACGCAGGAGUGGGCUGCAGAGGUUCUACACCAUCGACACUGGCCAAAAGAAGAACUUAGACAAGAAAGAUGGGAGACGAAUGUCCUUCCAGAAGCCUAAAGGGACUAUUGAAUACACUGUCGAAUCAAGAGAUUCCUUGAAUAGCAUAGCCCUGAAAUUUGAUACAACACCCAAUGAACUUGUUCAGUUAAAUAAGUUAUUCUGCCGAUCAGUCGUGACUGGACAGGUUCUGUAUGUGCCUGACCCUGAGUAUGUCUCCAGUGCCGAGAGCUCUCCAUCUUUGAGCCCCGUAAGUCCUCUGUCACCAACGUCAUCUGAGGCUGAAUUUGAUAAGACUGCCAAUCCUGAUGCAGUUCAUCCAAAAGAAGCAACUCCUGCAUCUGCUAUCACUGGUAUUCGACCGGCACGAGUUGUAUCUUCAACAUCUGAAGAAGAAGAAGCAUUUACUGAGAAAUUUCUUAAGAUUAAUUGCAAAUACAUCACUAGUGGCAAGGGCACAGUCAGUGGUGUGCUGCUGGUAACACCAAACAAUAUCAUGUUCGACCCACAUAAAACCGACCCUUUGGUCCAGGAGAAUGGCUGUGAGGAAUAUGGCAUCAUGUGCCCCAUGGAGGAGGUGAUGUCUGCCGCAAUGUACAGAGACAUCCUGGACCGUGAAAUUAAGGAGUCUCUGCCCGCAGAAAUAGAUCUGUUAUCAGGAAAGGACUUCUGUCAUUCAAAGAAGAUAACAGGAGUGAAUACAGAGGAAGUAGACUGGAGAACGCGUGAUGCAGGGAACGACAGUGCCAGCACGGCUCCUCGGAGCACUGAGGAGUCGCUCUCUGAGGAAGUGUUCACAGAGUCAGAGCUCUCUCCCAUCCGAGAGGAGCGCAUGUCUUCAGAUAAGUCGUCUGAGGCGUCCUCAGAGUCUGUGCAAACUGUCAGUCACCCUGGGGUGGGAGGGUCGACAGCCCAGGCAGAGUCCAGCAGUCCUCCUGCUCACUUGAAAGUCAACACUGGACAUUCGACCAAAGGAACUGGGAUGGUGUCUCACGAAGCGGGUUUAAGUCAUGGUGAAAUGGCCACUCAGGACGGAGAUGAGGUGACAGAUAAGCUUCAGGAAGCGUCAGGCCCCAUGGACAAAAGCCCAGGUGUGAAAGGUCCUGCAGACCAGGAUCCUUGUUCUCAGAAGAGUGCCCUGCAGCAAGAUGGAGGUGGGAAAGAAAACGUGCCUUGUGGAGAAAUGAUGGAAUUUAAGCAAAAGCAAGCUAUUAACAAAGACCAGGAAGGAAAGGAGCAAAGGCAGGACUCAGAGGUUGAAGAGCUGCGCAAACUCUGGAAAACUCACACCAUGCAGCAAACUAAGCAGCACAGGGUAAACAUUCAGCAGGUAUCACAAAAAGACAUCAAGCAUAAAAUUGCAUCUGCUGAUGGACAUGUGGAAGGUUCUGCAUUUCUAAAGGAAAAGAGGAGACAUCGGCUGCAUAAGUUCUUAUGUCUCAGAGUUGGGAAACCAAUGAGGAAGACAUUUGUGUCUCAGGCAAGUGCUACAAUGCAGCAGUAUGCACAGAGAGACAAGAAGCAUGAGUACUGGUUUGCCGUGCCCCAGGAAAGGACAGACCACUUGUAUGCCUUCUUCAUUCAGUGGAGCCCAGAAAUCUAUGCAGAAGACACUGGUGAAUGCACCAGGGAACCUGGGUUCAUAGUAGUAAAAAAGAUCGAGGCGUCUGAAGCAAAUGAGGAUCCUACUAGUGAAGUGGCAGCCAGAGAAUGGGAGGUAGUGUCAGUGGCUGAGUAUCACCGCAGGAUCGAUGCUCUAAAUACUGAGGAGCUGCGCACUCUCUGCAGACGUCUCCAGAUCACCACCCGCGAAGACGUCAGUUCCAAGCAGGCUGCGCCCCUGAAAGCAGAGCUGGAGGCGGAGUCCUUCCGGCCUAACCUCAGUGACCCCAGUGAGCUUCUGCUGCCAGACCAGAUUGAGAAGCUCACCAAGCAUCUUCCACCAAGAACCAUUGGCUACCCAUGGACCCUGGUGUACGGGACAGGCAAGCACGGCACCAGCCUGAAGACCCUUUACCGGACCAUGACAGGCCUGGACACCCCGGUGCUGUUGGUGAUCAAAGAUAGUGAUGGCCAGGUCUUUGGUGCGCUAGCAUCAGAGCCAUUCAAAGUGAGUGACGGCUUCUAUGGGACCGGAGAGACCUUUGUGUUCACCUUCUGUCCGCAGUUUGAGGUCUUCAAAUGGACCGGAGAUAAUAUGUUUUUUAUCAAAGGAGACAUGGAUUCAUUAGCUUUCGGUGGAGGAGGAGGAGAAUUUGCUCUUUGGCUUGAUGGAGAUCUCUACCAUGGAAGAAGCCAUUCUUGUAAAACAUUUGGGAACCAUACACUUUCUAAAAAGGAAGAUUUCUUUAUCCAAGACAUCGAAAUCUGGGCUUUUGAAUAAAUACUGUGCUGUUUGUCUGAGCAAGAUAAUGGCCCAAACCUGACAUGGACAAGCAUUGUUGGAACGUUCAAGAAGCAAUACAACGUUACAUGUCACUUGUGCUUUAAAAUCAGUCUAUCACCAUUUAGUACAGCUGCACUUCUGGAGUUUAUUUUUCAAAUCACCUUCCUGUCCCAGAGUUCUUUAGGUUUAGACUGUCACCAGGUCCACAUAGUAUGACAGCUUUUUCGUCUGAAUUUUGACAGCAUUUUGAUCCUAGUGACCACUUUGUUUCACUUCACAUUUUCUCAGUCUUCUGUGGGAUGGUGCUCUUGUGUUGAUCUCAGCUUUUUAAAACUCCAUGGUUUGUUUUGUAGAGCAGUGUGAUGGGGGCAUCGAGGACAGGAUACCUUCCUGCAUGUGAGGCGGGACCUGCUCCCCUUAUGCUUGAGAAGCCACCUGCCAAAAGCACACGCACUUCAUAGAGCGCUGAGUUCUAGUCUGGAUUGACACUACCACAUUGUCUUUCUUGAUUUUGCAAGUCCUCUCAGUUUCAUUUUAAGGAAAUGGGAUUUGAGGAGAAUUCUGCUUGUGAGACUACAGUGUACAUGAUCUGCAGGUUUGGGCAUAUGCUUUCAUCACGGCUUCUCAGAUAAAGAGCUUAAAUUGACAAAGGAGAAUGAAACUUAAUGAUUCUAUUGGAUUUAAUAUAUUAAGCAAGAAAUUCUAGUAUUUACGUAUUUAUAGCUUAAUAGGGCAUUGUCAUAAACACAGACCACACGGAUGCAUCAGCUGCAUAUUUCUCAACAUACUGUGUCAGAUACACUGUUUUACAGUUCAGUUGUUUUAGACUUGUUGCACAUCAGCCCCAAAAUAUAGGCUUUUUUCUGUUCAGAAAGAAGUGUUUUUCUUUUUUUAGUGGUAUACGUUAUUUUCUUUAGUAUUUGCUCUUACAAAGAGCAGUGAUUGUAGUAGACAAUAUUGUAGCUCAGUAGACUUGGUGAAUAUGCAAACUUAACGUCAAGUGACCUCAAACAAGUGAAAAGGUAGAAUACACUAGUAGUUCUUAUCCUCUUUUGUAGGAAACCAGUAAUAAGCCAUUGUGGCAAUAAUUCAUCAGUUAAAUUUCAAAGCUUCAUGUUAUGCAAAAAAACACAAAAAACCCUGCUGUUAUUCAUGUGACAGUGACUUUGUGCUGAGACUUCAGCAAUUCCAGAUGAACGUUGUAUAUCUUGUAAAUUAAUGUUUAAAGUAGUUUCGUUCUUACAGAAAGUGUCGAUUGCCAGGUUACUUAUAGCACUUUAUUCUAAAAAUGAAAUUAUAAGCCAAAUAUACUGGCUCAUAUAGUUUUAGUUGAAAAAUACUUAAAUAUAUUUGGUUCUUUUGAGAGAUAAUUAUCUAAAGAAAGCAUAAUGCUAAUCCAAAGCAGACCUGGUGUUCUGUUACAAGACGCUAUUGCUGACUAUGAAUGGAAACACAGGGCUUCACUUCCUGGGCUCUGUAAGCCUCUCGUUAUGUUAGUAACAGUGUAUAGACUACGUGUUUACAACAUAGGGAAUUGUAAAUAAAUACACGAGGUUUUUUCCCUCCUUUGGUCUUCCACAGCAGUAUUAUUGUCUUUGUGGAGUUGACUAAUCAUAAAAUAAAAUUUUAAAAAUCCUGUAAUGGAUUUCAAUUACAGUAAGCUCAUAGUGAUGUGUACCAAAUAAAAUUAAGUACAUAGAUACA